CGGCUGGGAGUGCCCUGACUGUAGACAGGCCUGAGGGAAGCGGAAGUGGGAAACUUUCUGCUGUCGGUCCUCUGGCUGUUCGGUCCCUGUAUGGCAUUUCCUCAGGGUAAAGGAGACCUCUUUAGCGCCGGCUGUUCCCGGCGCUCUGCCCAAGCGGAGAGAGAAGGUUUGAAGGGGCGCUAAGAUGAAUACUGCAAUCAUGAUCUCCUCCCACCAGCUUUCCCCAGGGGAUAAGAACAUGUAUUAUAUCCUGACUGAAGACUAUCCUUAUGGCAGCAAGUUGUUUCACGCAGGAAAUAUAUGCUACCUGAAUGAACAGACAUACCUGCGGUACAUUAGCAUGUCAUCCACUCGCUUCUGGAGAUUUGUCAUGGAAGAGGAUGGUUCUGUGGUCACCAUGGAUAUUGAAAUUCCGCAGCUUCUGAGUGAUAAGAUGGCUAACUACCUUUCAGCCAUCAGCAAUGUUCAUGAACGGUUGAACUGUUUUCUGGUCAGGCAUGUUCUAGAUGCUGCUAUGAAGGCCAGAUGCAGCCAGCAGGUCUUUGUAGAACUGGACCAUCAGACUUUCCCUGGUACCAUCUGCUACAUUGGGAAGCUUCAUAAGAGCUCUUUGCUAUCUGGGCUAUGUCCAAUUUACUUUGGAGUAGAGUUGCAGGGUGAUGGCGAAGGCAAAGGCCACUGUGAUGGUACCUAUAAUGGAACACAGUACUUCAAGUGUAAAAAGGACUGUGGCCUUUUUCUGCCAUGUAACAAACUGCAGUUUGUAUCAGAACCAGAGAACGACAAAGUGAAGCAAGAGGCAAACCUGGAUGCGGUUGGGGCAAUGCCAGUGAAAGUGGGAGAUACCCUUGGUUUCUAUUUGGAUGAUGCCUUAAUGCGAGGUAUAGCAAUGGAUGUAUUCAAGGAGGGAAGCACCUGGAUGGUUAAAGUAUGUCCGGAGGAGGAAGGCUCAGUAGACGUUUUCCGUGUUAUCCCCAUGGACUCUGUGGUGAAAGAGGAGCUGCUUCCUCCAGCAUUUGAAGUAGUCCCUGAUUCUGGGCUCCAGGACCAGUUUAAACGUAAGAGAAGUGAGAGUGCAGAAGACGUGGAAAGCAGCAAGCCACCUUCCCUUGAAGUGAACUCUGUGGUACGGAUCAACUUAGGCAAGGGAAACUCAGUCACGGGAACCAUCUGUUGGAUUGGCUGCCUGCCUGAAGCUCAGCAGAAAAUGGCUGGAGUUGAGCUGGAUGAAGAUAAAGGUGUUUCAGAUGGCGAGUUGCAGGGGGUCCGCUACUUCAGUUGCCAGCCAAAACGCGGCCUCUUUGUAAGGCUGGAGUCAUGCCAGCCAGAUAUGCGCUUCCAGUGCAACAGCCACAUCUCUCCAGAGUCCACUGAGUUGAAUGGACAGGAUUCCCCUGCGGUACUAAGCAAUUCGCCUCCUCUCAGGAAUGAUGUGGCUGUAAAUGUCCUACAAGGACGGAUGAGAGGAAUCCAGGGCCACUGCAACUCCUGCUACAUGGAUGCUGCGCUUUUCAGCCUCUUCUCCUGCACCUCUGUCUUGGAUUCCAUGCUCUUCAAGCCUUCCCUCCCACCUGAUGUGCACGUUCAGAAGAUCCUCCGGGACAAGAUAGUCAACCCUCUUAGGCAGAAAGGUUUUGUUGCUGCAAGCAAUGUGAUGGACCUCCGACACCAGUUGACUGAGAAGGGGGAGUGUUCCAGUUUUGCCACUUCUGAGAAAGACCCUGAGGAGUUUCUUAAUCUCAUUAUGCAUCGCAUCCUUGGGAUAGAGCCACUUCUCAAACUCCAGUCUGGAAGGCUGAAGGAGCAAGAGUCCUACUGCUACCAGAUAUUUAUGGACAAGCAGGAGGACUUGGUGGUGCCCAAUGUACAGCAGCUGGUGGAACAUUCCUUCCUCUCAUCUGACCUCAAGCUGGUGGAGAUUCCAUCCUGCUUUAUCCUUCAAAUGCCCCGUUUUGGGAAGGAAUACAAAAUGUUCAGCAAGAUCAUUCCCUCCUUGGAGCUGGACAUCACGGAUCUGCUGCUGGAUAGCCCCAGGGAGUGCUUUGUGUGUGGAGAUGUUGCCACUCAAGAAUGCUCAGCAUGCUUUAAAGACAAGAUGUUUGCAGACACGGGACUGAAGCAGUAUUGCGAUUCUUGUUGCACUCAGGCUCACUCUCAUUACCAGCGAAAAGCCCAUCAGCUAACCAAGCUGCACAUCCCUCAGGAGUUCUGCCGGGGGAGCCAUCUUGGCAGCCGGCGGGUGCCUCGGGAGAGACUGGAGCUCUUUGCUGUUCUCUGCAUUGAAACCAGUCACUAUGUCUCCUUUGUGAAAUAUGGACCAGAAAAGGAGAACUGGAUGUUUUUUGACAGCAUGGCAGACAGGCAUGGUGAUGAGAACGGCUUCAACAUUCCUACUGUGACACUGUGCCCAGAGGUUGCCAAGUACCUGGAGAUGCCGGUAGCCACCUUGGCCAUGGAACAGCCCCGAGACAUGGAAGGAGUAGCCAAGCGCCUCUUCUGUGAUGCCUACAUGUACAUGUAUCAGAGCAAGAAAAUGGCACUGUAUAAAUGACUGCAGACCUGCUUUAUGCCGCCAGCAACGGAACCAAGAUGAAAGGGGCUCUCGAGCUUUCCCCUGCACUGUUCUCUUCCAAAACAGCUCCCAUGCUGUUUACAUAAUUGCCUCGGGGGUACGAAACCAAUGAAUCGUGUGUGUGUGUAUAUAUGUAUGUGUGUGUAUAUAUAUAUAUAUAUAUAUAUAUAUAUAUAUAUAUAUAGCUUAGGGCGGGUGAUUCUGCAAAUCCAGACUUGUCAGAAAUGUGGGAAUAGUAUUAGCGGAACAGCUUCCCCUACCUCACGCUCUCAGUUCUCAUACUGCAUUCAGUAUACCUCCCCAGAUGUUCUUGGCACUGCUGGCCCAACCUUCCUUUGGGCAACACCUCAACUGGUGUUUGCAAAUCCAGAGCUCUACGAGAAUUCCUUCUCCUUGGCCACGAGGUAGGGAUUAAAUGUCUCAGGCAAAUAAAUCUUCCUGCAAUAAAUUCUGGGUUUGACCUGGAAUCCCAAAGGACCAGCAAUAGCUACUCUACUGCACACCGUGUUGUUUGUUCCUUGGUCCUCUGGCAUCUGUGAGGACUCUGUACACGCGACUGGCACUUUUUAAUUUUUACAGCCCCACAUUUUUGAUGAUAAUUGGGGCUUCAGACUAAAGCGUCUCAACAUUGAUGUGUCUCAGGCAGGACAUGUACUUGGAAUAAAUUCCUUUAUUCCCUCCUUUGCCCUAGUAAUGGUUUAAGGAGAAAACUGCCAAAGUGCAUGGAGGUGGUCCUUGCAUCUUCUGCUUCAGUCUUUUCAUUUUCAUAAGGAAAUGCGGCAACCAAGACAGUGGUGUAUCAUCAUCCACCCCAGAGCAGCAGGUGCCCAGAUCUAGUGACUCCUCAGAGUGGCCUGGCCUAGCUUACUGUUAAUUCAACAGUGCUGUUGUUAACCCCCUAUAUGAGCCCUCCUUUUUGGAACACUGCUGAACUAAAACAGUAAUCGGUUACACUCUUGUUCCUCCUGUGCAAGUACUUGUCCCUGAUUCAAACUUGCCUCAGGUGGCCUGAUUUCCUGUGAUGUUUCCUAGAAACAUGGUCUUGUGGCCUUGCCAUCUCCUGUUUAAUUCUAUGCUUUUUUAUUUAUUUUUUACAGUCCAUCCCCCGUGCAUUGGGCUGAUCUUUUCUUUCUCUCAGUUGACCUAUAUUCUCAGGUUCCAUCUCUAAAUGGCUUGGUGUUUCAGGCAUUCUCCCAAGUGUAUUAAGCUACCAAAACAAAAGCAAGAAAAAAACUUUCUUUUGCAUAAGACUAGGCUUUAUCUGCAUUCUCUGUGGAUUUUAUAAUUUUCCUUUUCUGUCUAGUAAAUACUGUGCAAUAAACUGUUGGCAGGGAGAGGGCAAAUGUGCUUUACAUGUAUAACCAGUGUUUGUGCCAGAUCUAGCUCUUUAAUUGGAUUUUACUGCUUUGUUUUUCUAAACCACCUUGGACAUUACCCGUUUCUACCGAGAUGUCCCGUUCUGCAGCCUGAAAUUAUGAGGUGUCACAUUACUUUUGAAAAAGACAGUGCUGCUUUGGGAGAGAACCUUGUCUGACAAAGAAAUCAAAGAGGUUUCUCAGGAUUCAUCUUUGUGUAGGCUUCUAGAAGUAAUUGUGACAAAUUAAUUUAUCCAAGUUGUUCAUUUUUAUCUAGGAGUAAGACAGGGCUUAUCUUGUGACAGCUGCAUUUCACUUCAUGGAGGCCUUGCUUGAGAAGACCAUCUGUGGAGAUUCUGCUUGCUUGGAAUAAUCUUUCUAGUCCAUUCUGUGGCAGAUCAGAUGUGUAAUUGUUGUUCCACUUCUGUGUAAUAUCUAGUCUUUGCCAGUUUGAUCAGCAAGUGUCUUUCUGCAUUAAUUGAAAAUUAAUGGAAUCUGUUGGUGACUUUUUCUUUAGCUGUUUUCUGUAACUUACUGCGGCUGGAUCCAGUUCUCCACCCUGCCUUAAAACAAUCUCAGGAGAAGACAUUUUUGUAUGCAGCAAUGUCAAUCUUUUUGUAAAGUAUGUCUUCCAAUAGAGCCUUCUUUUUGA